AUGGAACCACAGACAACAAGAGUAAAACCCACCGAGACGCCCGAUCAGUCAGUGCAAAUAGAAGGCAUCAACUCAUCAGUACCGCCAGCAAGUCUAGAGACAAUUCUUCGUCGAAUUCCCAUGCCUACUGUCAACCUCCCACUUCUAGCCACUGCUCUUCUCCAAUCCGCUCUAGCUGCCGCCCUCUCUAAGAGCGCUCUCGAUUUUCUUAAUAUAGCAACACAAACAGUGCCACCUGUUGAGGUGCCCUUGGAUUUGAGGACAAUGAAUCAACCAAACACUCCGAAGGGCCAAAAAAUUCCGGAAACAGACGAACCCGAAACCGCAGAACCACUGCCUUUGCUCAAGAGACAGAAACUCAUGACUGAGAAUGAACAAAAGCCAUCGGAAAAUGUGCAACACCCAUUCAUCCUCAUAAAUCCCUACUUUUUGCCAGUAGUGUCGGUGCCAGAAUCGGAAGGGCCACUGGAUUUUUCGAACCCCACGGAACAUCACUGCACAUAUCCAGGUUGUAAUAAGACCUUCCGUUAUAACCAUGCACUGAUAAAUCACUAUCGAAUUCAUACAGGUGAAAAGCCCUAUUCCUGUGACUACCCUGGCUGUAAACAGGCCUUUGCACGACAAUCUAAUCUCCUUACCCAUCGAAUGAUUCACCUGAACCGAGCCAUGCGCAAGACUUUUGCCUGCACAGUACCAGGUUGCGAGAAAAAUUUCCUCAAGAAGACCAACCUUGAUGAUCACAUGAACUUACACCUCAACAAGCGACCCUACAGUUGCGAUUACCCUAAUUGUGGCAAGUCUUUUCGAUGUCGGAGUAACUUGAGUGGACACAAAAGAGUGCAUGCACGGGAGGCAGAAAAAGAGAAAGCAAAUCGACCCUCACCGUUAGAGAGAAAGAUCGACACAAUUUUGGCUAAGGCACGUGCCAGCGUGGCCAAUCAAAGCGUGGCUGAGGGGGAGAGGAGGAGAGGGGAGGGCAGAGCAUCUCAAUAA